AUUACGAAUCGAUUUCAAGGCAAACGCCACCUUCAUUCCCAUUUCAUAUUUCACAAGAGCGGUUUCGGAAGUCGAGAAAUUGCGUGCCAUCUAUGAAGUGAACUUCAUGAACGGGACAAUUCUAAACGAUUCUACUCCAACUCCACUUGCCAGUAGCAACGAGUUCGAUCUUCGGAUUCGUAUUUUGCAAGAUCAUCUUCAGUUAUUCGUUAAUAUGGGUGAAGUCGGGAUCUAUCCAUUGCCGGACUCAUUCGCCUUGGUGAAAACUGUCGAACUGAGGGGAUCGUUGAGGAAUUUGAGCUUGUUCAGAGUCGAAGGAGCAAAAUAUCACUAUUUUCCGUUUAAAGCCGAGAUUUCUUUCGAAAACGGAUCUCGUCUUGAUAUCUCCGGACAACCGAUUCCAAAUGUCUGGGAUAAAAGCGAGAUGCAAAAAUUGCUCUCAAGCAACGAUGAAAGUGAGAAUUUGAUGAAAACGAGUGUGGAAAUCGAUUGGAGGAAACCGUUCAACUUCAGUGAUUAUCUCUACAAGUAUGCUGGAGUGACGAAUUUGAAUGAUUUUACAAAUAUGUACGCAACCGGGAAUUUCACAUCUUACAACAAUUGGAGGAACAGCUUGUAUGGGAAUACGUAUAGAGUGAAGAGGAGAAGCUCGGGAAGAAGCUCUUCCCGUGGAUCUUCGUCAUCAAGGAGCUCAUCAUCUCGUGGUUCCUCAUCAUCCCGCUCUUCUUCAUCCUCAUCCCGCUCCUCUUCAUCCUCAUCUCGUUCCUCCAGUUCAUCCUCUUCAAGCUCAUAUCGAUCUUCAUCCUAUCGAUCAUCGUCGUAUCGUUCAUCGUAUCGAUCGCAUUCAUCCGGUGGCUGGUCCAGUGGAUCCUCAUCUGGUGGAAGUUACGACAACUACGAGAAACCGAAAUGGUUUGGGCAACGAAAUGGGCGUUAUCUGUACGGGGAUUACUUCAUGACGCCAGCAUAUCGACAAUAUCAGACACGACAGAGGAAUUCUUUGAAAGGUUGGCAGCCAUUCGCCGUCGGAUUUGGUACAGGUUUUGGCACUGGCUAUCUACUCAACACUCGGGUACCCAGUUACAGUUAUCUCUACAACGGUCAAUCCGAGUACCAAUCAAGUUGCUAUAGCUGUGGAUAUUAUUGUAACGGAUGUUGUCGAACUUGUGCCUCAACAGUUUUCUUCAAGCAAUCAAGACGAGCUUCUUCUUCAAAUGAUGAGGAGAUUCCACUCAGUGAACGCUUUGACAUCACUUUUUUGUCUUCUGAGGAGAAGCCAGCCUUUCAGAUCUCAAUCCGUUUCGAAGAAGGAGUGAUUGUGAGGAAUACAUUUUUAAAUGGAAAAUGGGAAAACGAGGAAAGAGAUGGAGAGUUUCCGAUUGACAAUUGGAAAAUCGUUGAUCUCACGAUUCUCAACAAUGACGACGGUUUGGUGCUUUACUUUGGCGGGAAAUAUUUCACUACUUUUCAACAUCGGCCAGCAACGAGGGAUCUGGGGAAGAUUAAAAUUGAGGGAGAUUUCCAGCUUCACCAAAUCACCUUGGACAACAAGUUGAUCAUU